CGCAUCUUCAUCCAUCCCAGCCACCCAUUUAUUGACUCGUACUGCCUGACUGACCUUCGUCAUCUCCGCUUCUGCUUUUCUCUUCUUCAUUCUUAUCUAAAAAUAAGACCUCAACUCAGGCACUCACUUCUCCCUUUGUUGCACGGUUGAACCUACAAGACUAUGACCUCUCCACGUCCAUAACCACGACCAUCGCAUACUCCACUAAUUACUCCGUCCGCACUGCAGCCACCACCACUGUCAAACAACAAACCACCACCACCACCGUCUAAUAAACAACAACAACAACAACCACCCCCAAAAAUGCCACCCACCCUCCUCCCCUCCCGAAUACCUCCCCAGACCAUCCAACAAAACCACCCGCGCAACCCCCGCGAAUUCACCACCAUCCCCUCGACCUACAGCUACACCCCCAACCUACCGGCCGGCACAAUCGUCGGCAUCGUCCUGGGCAGCGUCCUCGGCUUCCUCCUCCUACUGUACCUAAUCUAUCUGGCCCUCACCUCCGGCCGCAAAUUCUCCCCCUCAACAACAAACGGAGACGGGACGAUCCUGUCCGGCAGCACGACGUCCUCGCCCUCCUCGCACUCCGAGAUCAUCGUGGAAGAAAACCUCAGCUCGACGCGGUCGCCGCGCUCGCAUCGGUCGCGACGGAGUCGACGGCCUGGCGAUCGUACUCGACGAAGGGAAGAGAUCAUCGAGGAAGGGUACCUGCCCCCGCAUGGACGUCUCCACCCGCCGCAUUCCAAGCAUCAUCAGCGGAAUCGCCAGCAUCCGCCCGAGAUGGUGGAGGCGAGUGUGGUGUCGAGUGAGCGGUCGGAUGUGGUGACGGUUAUGGAGGAGCAUUCGAGUGUGGAGGGCCAGAGGAAGCCUAGAAGGCCCGGGAAGGGGGGGUAUCGCGCGGUGGAUUUGGAUGCGGUGGAGGGGUUGUCGGUUGAUGGGAGUCUGAGGUCGUAGGAUCUGGGAAUGAGGUAUGGGAGGGACGGUGUUUUUGAUACCCUUUAGUUUUUUUUUUUUUACUUUUUUUUUGAUUGUGAUUUAUGAGUUGUGUUGGGUUCUUCACAAUGGAUGGAAGCAUGAGUUAUGAGAUAAUGCUGCAUUUGCAUGAAGAGUUCUACUGAGAUAGGUCUAAUGAUAAUGAUGACGGUUGAUGCCCGGUGUGUUGGAAUAUCAUUAUGGCG